AUGACUUGUCUUGAGCUUCCCCUUGCUGAUUGGUGCUGUUUCUUACCAUUUGGCUUGAUUGUUUUCGUCAUGAUCAUAACACAUAUGUGGUCUUUUUUCGUAUUCGUCCUGCUUGUAGAUCCCACGUUACCAGCUCUUGGGUUCAACCUAGGAGUUGGAGAAGGUCAUAUUCAGUGCAGAGAUAGCGAGAGACAAGCACUUCUCAAUUUCAAACAAGGCCUUGUAGACAACGACGAUCGUCUUUCUUCUUGGGGGAGUGAAGAAGGCAAGAGAAAUUGUUGCCAAUGGACAGGGAUCCAGUGCAGCCGCCAAACUGGUCAUGUCACCAUGCUUGAUCUCCAUGUCUCCGACUCCGAGCUUGGUGACAAUAACAAGCCCCUGAGAGGUAAAAUUAAUCAUUCAUUGCUUGAGUUGCAACAUCUUAAUUAUUUGGACUUGAGUUACAAUGACUUCCAGGGGAUACUGCUCCCUGAUUUCAAUGGUUCCCUGAGCAAAUUAAGAUACCUCAACUUCUCUAAUGUUGGUUUCACUGGAACCCUCUCAUAUCAGCUUAGGAACCUGUCGAGCUUGCAGUCCCUUGAUCUCAGCUACAACAAGUUUACUAAAGUUGAAAAACUUGAUUGGCUUUCUCAUCUUUCUUAUUUAGAGACCCUGGAUUUAAGUGGGAAUAGCCUCGGUGAUGGCAGCGACUGGGCACGUAUAGUUACCAAGUUCCCAUAUCUAACAAAAUUGCAGCUGAGAUCUUGUGGUAUUGCAACUAUCAUUCCGCUGUCUAAUUUCCAUGCAAAUUCUUCCACUUCUCUUUCAGUUCUUGAUCUCUCUUCCAACUAUUUAUCUUCUUCAGUAUUCCAAUGGGUGUUUAGCUUGAAUAGCAGCCUUGUUCAUGUUAAUAUAUCCUUUAAUCAACUUGAAGGCACAAUUCCAAGCCUUUUUGGAAAUUUCUGUAGGUUACGUACACUAGACCUGGCUGGGAACAAGCUCACUGGACCACUUCCUGUGGUUUUGGAGCAUUUGUCUGCAUGUGCAGAGAGUUCAUUGGAGAUUCUGAAAUUAGAAAUGAAUCGGCUUCAUGGUUCGCUGCCUGAUUUCACAGGAUUUUCGUCCUUGAGAGAACUGAUUGUCUUUAGUAAUCAACUAAACGGCUCUUUUCCAAAAAGCUUCAGCCAAAAUUCUGGUCUUAUUGUAUUGGAUGUGGGUGGCAACCAACUGACAGGAUCAUUACCUGAUCUUACAAUGUUCCCAUCAUUGAGGAUAUUAUGCAUUGCUAGGAAUAGAUUAAAUGGGACUUUUACUGAAAGCAUUGGAGGCCUAUCUGAGCUUGAGCUUUUGUAUGCUUCUCAUAAUUUUUUCCAAGGAGAGAUUACUGAAGCUCAUUUUUCGAAUCUCUCCCGAUUGCAGGAAUUAUACUUUAAUGACAAUCCUCUGGCUUUGGAAUUCAACUCUGAUUGGCUUCCUCCUUUUCAGUUGGAUGUAAUAGGUCUUAUGUCCUGCAAGCUGGGGCCUCGUUUCCCGGCCUGGCUUCAAACUCAGAAAAACUUCUCCGUGCUGGAUAUCUCAGAUGCUGAAAUUUCAGGUUCUGUUCCUAAGUGGUUUUGGAACCUACCUCCCAGAUUGUUUUUUCUGAAUAUCUCUUUCAACAAAUUGAGCGGCGUGGUGCCAGAUUUAUCCUCAAAAUUCAUUGGUAGUCCAGGAGUAGAUUUGAGUUCAAAUCUCUUUGAAGGCCCUUUGCCCCUCCUUCCUUCCAAUGCUUUAUCCUUGAAUCUUGCUAAAAAUAAGUUUAUGGGCUCAAUCUCUCCCGUAUGUAAAGUUAUAGGCUGGGCUUUGAAUUUCCUGGACCUCUCAGAUAAUUUAUUAUCCGGUGUCCUUGCUGAUGAUUGUUUCAGGAAUGGGCAACAACUAAUUGUCCUAAACUUGGCUGAUAACAACUUCUCAGGAAACAUUCCAACUUCUGUGGGAUCUCUGUCUAUGCUUCAAACAUUCGGUUUGCGUAAUAAUAGCUUCUCUGGAGAAAUACCUUUGUCCUUAAAGAAUUGCAGUCGGCUGCGAUUUUUGGACCUUAGUUAUAAUAGACUAUCUGGAGAAAUACCUGCAUGGAUCGGCGAAAGCCAGCUACAAUUGGUCUUUUUCAGUUUACAAUCUAACGAGUUCCAUGGAAAUAUACCACUUCAGCUGUGUCGAUUACAGAAUAUUCUUCUGUUGGACCUCUCCAUGAAUAAUAUUUCAGGAGCCGUACCCAAUUGCCUCAAGAAUUUCACCCACAUGUCAAGAAAUCAGUUAGACAACAACAACAACACUUAUGUUUAUACGUUUUCUACAUCUUCUGGAGAAGGUAAUGGGUUUGUAGGGAACUAUGUGGAUAGGGCCCUGAUUGGAUGGAAAGGAAGAUCAUACACGUUUGACAAAAAUCUUCCGCUCCUGAGGAUCAUUAAUCUUGCAGAAAAUAAAUUGUCAGGUGAAAUUCCAAGGGAAAUAACAAGUCUUCUAGCUGUGGGUGGAUUGAACUUAUCAAGAAACUAUUUGACUGGGAUUAUUCCUCAGGAGAUUGGCCAAUUGAAGCAGUUGCAGUGGCUUGAUUUAUCCAGAAAUCGCUUAUCAGGUGACAUUCCUGGCAGUAUGGCUGAGCUAAAUUUUUUGAGUUAUGCGGACCUUUCCUACAAUAACUUGUCAGGGAGAAUUCCAACGAGCACUCAGCUUCAAAGCUUAGAUGCUUCUGCAUUUGCUGGUAAUGUGAAUCUCUGCGGCCUACCGCUUAUACGAAAUUGUCCCGCAGAUGAGGAGAGGCCUCAAGUUGGACAGAAAAAUGAUGAUGACCAAGACAACCAAGAAGAUGAUGACGAAUUCAGGAAUUGGCUUUUUGGUGGUCUGGGAUGUGGAUUUUUUGUUGGAUUUUGGGGAGUUCUGGGCUUUUUAGUGCAACGGCCUUCUUGGAGACUGGGGUCGGGCCAUUAG